AUGCUCAUGACUGGAUUCACAAUAGACUUGGCUGACCACAUUAUUGCCUGUAGAUUGAGGAUUCUUCAGGGUCAACUUGCUGAUCUUCCAACAAAGGCAGCAUCAGCAAACUUUAAGCAGUUUAACAGAAAGUUUGGUUGUCCAGUUUGUCUUGACCCUGGUGCAGCAGAUGAAGGAAAUCCACUAUUAAGACAUUAUCCAUAUAUUCCUGAAAAACGUUUGCUUGAUUACCUUCAUCAAGUUUUAGAGGGUGAGUUCUUUAGAAAACUCAAGUGUUGGUUUGUAACAUCGAAACAUCAAGACAUGUUUUGUUUAAAGAAUGUGGUUACCAAGUUUGAGAAAUUGACCUUAAAUGUUAAACUCCCCCAUGAUUUUCCCCAGAAAAUGCGAUCAAUAUGUGAUCUAGGUAAAUGAAAAGCUCAUGAGAAAGAGAUCAUGCUCCUCCAUGUAGGCCUUCUCAUCUUGUGAAAAUUUCUACCCAGUGAACAUUUUUACCACCAUGCCCUCUUUGUAACAGGAAUCAAGCUUUUAACUGAUGAUACUAUUUUAGAACAAGAUAGACAGCUUGCUGAAGCUCUUCUUGAUUCAUACAUUCGACUGGUGGGAAAUCUUUACUAUUCUUCAGAUUACACUUACAAUCUCCAUUCUCUUCGACAUUUAGCCCAGCAGGUGUUCAACAAUGGAAACUUGAUCUUUAUGUCAACCUUCAUUUUUGAAAGAUUGAUAACAUUGUUAAAACGAAAAUUUUAUGGUACACAAGGCAUAGUUCCACAAAUAUUAAAAAAUGUUGCCCGUUCUCAAAAUGCUAAACAUGAAAUUUGUAAAUUUGUCAAUCAGCCAGACAAAGCAAAGUCAUUCUGUGACCAGUUGUUUGCCAAAUCUGCGAAGAAAAAUAUGAUCACAGAAAACAUAUUUUUCUUCACACUAUUGAAGAGUGAAAUUCCAUCAGGGUUAUAGCCUGCACGACAGGCGGUAUUUCUACGGGCAGCGAAAAUUAGGGAAGCAAAGGAAAUACCGUCUGCCGCAAAACUAGGGGGUUUUGAAUUACCCGUCCGCUGGUGAACGGAAAAAACAGAUUGGUUAGUAUUUUUAUGUAGUUGUCAAUCAACGGCUAAAUUCGGUUAAAUGUUAAUCAUUAACCAAAUGUUUUGACGUUUUGAAAUUAGUUCACGUCAAGUCAGACCAGAAAUGGAAUACCAUAUUAAAUAAAAGAAGCAAAUUUAAAGAUACAAGCUGAAAAAUAACACUCUAAGUAGUGUUUUUGAUAGCGAUUUGUACAAGAAUAUUUAACAAAGAAGAUACGUCCGAAGGGGCUGAAGUUAUGAUCAGCGAAAGGUAUGGGCUAGUCUAUAUUUUCGUUCAGACAAUUACAUGCGUAUUAAUUUGAUAAUAUAUGAUCUCGCUUGACUUUCAAAGACCAUAAAUCGCAAUAAUGUUGACAUUUUACUAAAACUAUCGAUAGAAAUUAGGAGAUAUUUCUUCACUGAAUCGAAUGGUGGGAUUUUCAUAUAGGCCUGUCAUGUUCUGAACAAAGAUACUUGAUAGAUAUACGAACCUCCAAAGUAUGAACUAGGGGCCGGUUGAUGCAGUAAUUAUCAAAUAACAGUUAAACUCUUAUAUACCCGUUGAAUAUGUUAGUUGUAAACAAAUAAAAACUAUCGUUCUAUAAGGUUCAAAACUUUCAGUUUGGUUGUUGACUGAUGAUGAAUCUAUAGUAUAGACUUGCAUGCUUUGUAUUUUGAGCUUAUUAAACCACCGUUUUAAGGCAGCUAAACGGACUUGAUUUAUAUUAACACAUAAAAUAAAUUCCUUGAUUCUCAUCACUAGACACAGUCUACACUUUGAAAUGUCAAAGACAGUGGGAGAUUUAUUUUUUAUAUUUUAUAUUUAUAUAAUUUAUAUAUCAAUAGUUCGUAUCUCCACGAACAAUGACAGAAUGACUGAAUUUCUUUAAAAUACAAUGAAAUUUCAUUCAAAAUUCUGUUUGUUUCAAAUUGGAAAUUUAAAAUGGCAAUAAAAACUGUCUUGAAUUAUUUUUUCGGGCGGUACAUUUAUAUUGUAUAACAAAAUAUAAAACAUUUUCACGAGGAUUUUAAAAUUCAGUCGGGUGGUGAUGAGAAUCAAGGAAUUUAUUUUAUGUUGGGCAGUUGGGCUUGGGAGCAACUUGGGAGUGGCUAAUUUUGAAUAUUUACUUAAUGACAUCUAUAAAUAGCUUUGAUGCUUCAGGGGCGGUAGUUCAUUUACACCCAGUUUUGCAGCAGGCAGUAUUUCCUACGUACCGCCUGCUAUGCAGGCUAUCAGGGUUAUAAUAUGUUGAUUUAACCGAAUUUGGCCUGGAUGCUACUACAGAUAACUUGACAUUUGCAUACCGAAUGGAGAAGAAUGGUGAAAGCUUUCACAGUGACAGUUAUCCACAAAAACGGACAUAUGUAGUUAUUUUGUAUGUUUCAUACAGUAAUCCCGUACUGAUCGGAACCCGCUUUCUGAUUGGCUGGUACUCGGUGAUCACUGAUUGUCAGUUUAUUUCCGUUUCUUCGCAUGCCAUGUGACAUUCUUGCCGAUUUAAUUGCGUCGUCAGAUUUUCUGCGUCCUUGUCUUGAUCAGAUUUUCUGCGUUCUUGUCUUGAGACUUGAGUAUUAAUCUUCUCUGCAUUGUGCAAUUGAAUUAAUAACCUUCUCUGUGUUGUUCAAUUGAAUUAAUAAUCUUCUCUGCGUUGUUCAAUUGAAUUAAUAAUCUUCUCUUUGUUGCUCAAUUGAAUUAAUAAUCUUCUCUGUGUUGUUCAAUUGAAUUUUGUCAUUCGAGAAAAGGCGAGGAUUGAGGAAAGGCAUAUUAUUUACAAAGGUAAGAAGCAUAUUUGUUUUACAUGUAUUCAAAUGUAUAUUAAUGUAUAUUUGGUUUUGCAAUAAAGUAUAUUUUAAGUUAUUUAGCUUGGUGUAUUUGUGUUGGCGAAGCUUGGUGAAUAUGUGGUCUUGACCAAGCAAUGGCAUCUGGUUCAACGGUAAGCGAGUCUUUGCUUAAUAAUAGCGAGCCUAGCUAUAUCAUCAAAAAUUCAGAUUUCCCAACGCAAUCUUUCUGUGGUAUAAAAAAUAAUUACUUAUUAUAUAAAGUAUAGUGCAUUAUAGAGAUUUGAUAAAACUGACAAUCUCAUUUGUGAAUCUCACUAUUUUAUAUGAUAAUUUAUUUAUGAUAAUUUCACAUGUGAAAAUUAUCGCUUGUCAAUUUAAUUAAUAUCUCUUUUCUGUAAAAUUAUCGCUUUUCAAAGACUGUCCUUUAUAUAAUAGACAGAAAAAUACAUGGGUGCUUGGAAAUACCAGAUUUCGUGUGUUUCGAAAUAAAUCUGGUAUUCGAUGCUUGUGUGAUGUUACUCUGAGUGUAUGUCCACACCGGGCAGGCUUGAAAAUAUGCCUGGCCAUGGUGGGAAUUGAACCUACGACCUUUGGAAAACUAGCCCAAUGCUCUGCCAACUGAGCUAUGUGGUCAGGUCGGUUCGAGUAUGUGAUAUUUCGAAACUGAUCUGUUUUGUUCCAUCGAUAUCAAUGUAUUCUUGUAAUCAUGAUUCUUUGUGUGUUGUGUUACAUACUCAGGUGAAUAUGAUGUUUGUGAUAUUACAUUGAUAUAGAUGGAACUAGACAGAUCAAUUCUGAAAUAUCACAUGCUCGAAACGACCUCAGACCUGCAUGAUAGCGUAGCUCAGUUGGCAGAGCGUUGAGCUAGUAUUCCAAAGGUCGUAGGUUCGAUUUCCACCGUGGCCGGGCGUAUUUUUCAAGCUUGCCAGGUGUGGGUAUACACUCAGAGUAACAUCACAAACAUCAUAUUCACUUGAGUACACAACACCAACACAGCAAUUCCAAAACUUAAAGACCAUGUCAAGUCUGUAAUGUAAACAAAUCCUUUGUUUACAUUUUGAACUGCUAUAUUUCUAAAAUAAGAUAUUACUGAAUAUCUGACACUUUUCUGGUUCGCAAUUGUAAAUUAAUAUAAACUAGAGUAUGUUUCAAUUCAAAAAAGUUUGAAAGAUGCAAUAUUUGGGCAAUGUUUAUUUCUGUAGUUCUCCAUUUGUUAUGAGCAGAACUGAUGCACAGAACGGACUUGACAUGGUCUUUAAUUGUGCAAAAUUUUUCUGGACAUAAUAUUUUAGAUUUGGAUAUACUGUAGCAUGUUUGUUUGUUUGAGUUUAGAGAAUAUUUUUAAGGUCUUUGGUGUGCAAUAUAAUUAAACUACAUUUUCAGGGCAAACCUUCAAGUUAUAGCAUGAUUACAUGCACCUCCUCCACAUUUCUCACUGGAUUUAGAGAAAUCUCAAAAUGGACCUUUGAGACAAGUGGGGUGGAUUUUCAUCCCCUAAGUCCCCUCCCUGGUGAUGCCACUACAGUAUAUGGCCAUUCUAAAAGCAUAAGUUUGGUUAGUGGUUUUUGAACCGUGGUGAGCAGCAGAGACUUGGUUCUUUUUUGAAGUUUGAGCUUUUCCUUUUUAUUUUAACAGGAAAAGCUACCUAAAUGGACAGCAAGGGGGCAGGUAAGUUGCCCACAAUGUAGCUUGUCAUAUUCCACUGCAUGGAAACCAAAGAAUUGCAAGAGAUGUAGAUUUGAAAUUGGUGGUACUUUUGUGCCAAAGGACAAACGAAAGAAAACAACGUCUCCAGAUGCGGCAGUUAUUGUGGCAACAUCAGCAGAUGGAGUUGCCAAGAUUAUCUCUGUAAAAGCUAAUUACAGAGAGAAUUGA